AUGGCACUCACGCUGAAUACACCGUCACUGUACAUCGACGACCAAAUCAGAGACUGGGUGUUAUUUCCAAUUACGCUGGUAAUGAUAUUAGUCGGGCUGCUGAGGCAUUAUGUGGUGCAGCUGCUAGGCGGGAAGGGGAAGAAGCAAGAAGUGAAGGGAAUAAGGGAGCAGCGUGCUCUGAUGCGCUCAGCGAUGCUGCGUAAGAAUGGUGGAGUUCUUACGCCUACAGCCUUCUUCAAGCGCAAGCAGUUUCUUAUAGAAGCGUUUAAACAGGGCAGCUAUCUCAAGCAGGCACCACCGAAAGACGGCGAACAGCAACACCCACCAAACCCAUUAAACGACCCAGAACAGAUGGACAGCAUGAUGGAUGGAAUGAAAAAGCAGAUGGUUAUGUUCAUUCCUCAAACAGUAAUUAUGGGCUGGAUAAACUCAUUUUUCAGCGGAUUUAUACUGAUUAAGCUGCCAUUCCCAUUGACUAGAGGGUUCAAGAGUAUGUUGCAGAGGGGAAUAAUGACAGAUGAUAUGCCUGCUAGCUAUGUGAGCAGUAUCAGCUGGUACUUUCUCAAUUUAUUCGGGUUAAAUAGCGUAUUGAGGUUGAUACUAGGCGAGGGGAACCACGCAGAUGGAGUUAGAGAUAUGCAGACAGCUGCUCAGCUCGCAGGGACUUCGAGCCAGCCGAAUCCGAUGCAGAACCAGGAUAUGAACAAGGUGUUCAAGGCGGAGAUAGAUAAUCUCGAGCUAUGUGAGCCUAAAUUUAUGAUGAGUGGUGUAGGAAAUAGAGUGCUAGAAAAGUAUAAUGGAUAG